GAGAGAGAGAGGGAGAGAGCUGGCUUUGGCUGAGUCCGAUGGAGCGGUAGUAGUACGCGUAGUAGUGGGGGUAGCAGCGCGCGAGCUUCGUCAUUUCGCCCCCUUUCUGCCACCUCUCACCACCCCUGUUCAAUGGAGUCGCCUUUUCUCUGGAUUUAUGCUUCAUCCCACCUCGAGUGAGCUGCUGUGAAUCCUGAGAGCACGCGUCUCCCGACAGGAGACAAGAUGGCGUCCAACAACACCCUGCGCAGCUACUCCAUCAUCCCAUGCUUCAUCUUCGUAGAGCUCGUCAUCAUGUCUGGCACCGUGCUGCUGGCCUACUACAUGGAGUGCACGGACCUGUUCAGCGUGCACGUGCAGGGAUUCUUCUGCAACGACGCCGAGCUGAUGAAGCCGUACCCGGGCACCGACGAGUCCAGCUUCGUCCCUCCCCUCAUCCUGUACUGCGUGGUGGCCGCCGCUCCCACGGCUAUCAUAUUUAUUGGAGAGGUGUCCAUGUACGUGAUGAAAUCCACGCGGGAGGCGCUCCUGGCUCAGGAGAAAACCAUCGUGACGGGAGACUGCUGUUACCUCAAUCCCCUCAUCCGCCGCAUCAUCCGCUUCAUAGGUGUGUUUGCGUUCGGCCUGUUCGCCACGGACAUAUUCGUCAACGCGGGCCAGGUGGUGACUGGCGGACUCUCGCCCUACUUCCUGUCCGUCUGCAAGCCGAACUACACCGGCACCGAGUGCCGCUUCAACCACCAGUUCAUCAUCAACGGCAACAUCUGCACCGGGAACCCCGUGGUGGUGGAGAACGCGCGGCGGUCCUUCCCGUCCAAGGACGCCUCGCUGAGUGUUUACUCGGCGGUUUAUCUGACGAUGUACAUCACCAGCACCAUCAAGACGAAGUCCAGCCGCCUGGCCAAGCCGGUGCUCUGCCUGGGCACGCUCUGCUCGGCCUUCCUCACCGGCCUCAACCGAGUGUCCGAGUACCGGAACCACUGCUCGGACGUAGUGGCCGGAUUUAUACUCGGAUCAUCCGUCGCAUUGUUUCUGGGUAUAUGCGUCGUGAACAACUUCAAAGGCGUCCACAGCGCAGCAGCCAAACAGAAGACAGAGGACUACCGCGGUCUGCCUCUUAUGACUUUCCCCCGUGUGGAGAGCCCGCUGGAGACCCUCAGCGCACAGAACCACUCGGCGUCGAUGACGGAGGUCACAUGACUAAGGGGGCAGCACCGGGUCACGUUUGCGUCUCCACAGCACUUCCAGACACAAUGACGAGGGACGCAUGCCACGUGGCGCCGAUUGCUUGCCGAAAAAUUCAAAAUAGCCCACUCCUGAUAUAUCUGUUUGAAUUCACCCCCCGGGGGGAGGGGGGGGGACAAAGCGCUCCAUGUCUGCAAUGGUUUUUCUUCUAGUCUGGCUAUGCUCAGAAUCACACCGCAAAGGCACACAGACCGCACCAGUGUCAAACUCACAAAUCACCAAGCACAGAUCGCCUUUUUUUUUUUCUUUUUUUUUUUUUUUUUUCGGUUCCAGGUAAUUUUGAAAUCAUUCAGAACAUGGCACAGUUUCCUCCCCCCCCUCCCGAGGUGUGCCGUUUGUAGUUAGAGGAUGGUGUUUUGUACAUUUUUUGUAUGAGCGAGUGCUGUAGCCAAUCCCCGACGAUGUUCAAGCCUGCACAACACUUCCUGUCGGCCGACUCACUCUGUCUGUAACGUCACCGCAUCCCGUCAGGUGAGACGCCUCGUCCGAGCCACCGCAUCCGCCCCACUCCGGUCUGAAAAAAACAAAAAUCAGCUAUGGAUAGGAAAAAAAAAAAAAAAAAUCGAUCGAUGUUGUCGUUCUGUGGUGUUUGUCAUUUGUACAGGAAAAAAGACAGAACCCUUCUUUUUAUUAUCUCUUUCUGUACAUUAAUCGACCUCACCAGGUCAUAUUUUUUAAGGAUUUUUGUUAAUCUGUAUGAAUAUUAUGAUCCAUUUGGACCUGUUUGCCUGCUGUAAACCUGGAUAUGUUUUGGUAUCAGUUUAGGUGUUCUGGGGAACAACUCCCUCCCCCCCCUCCUCUCUUUUAGGAGGA